UUCCGACCUGGGAGCCAGUUCCGUUCUGUGUGGCCGCUCUGGGCCAUGGAUACAUUCUUUAGCUGCCGAAAAAUCCCCUCCUUGACACCGAGCUAAUCAGGUCUAUAACCUGCGUGAAGAAGCAGUGGCCACAUUGGUUACCGAUUUGGAGGCAGGAGUGUUGACCGGUGAAUGCAUAGAGUCAAGAAGGUCAAACUUUGUGACAAUAAAGAGGGUAUCUGGAAAAGCUGUGUGACUGUGAGCAUGACGGCUGUGGACGGCCUUUUGGACAGCUCGGAGGUGGUGGAGAUGGAGGACGUCCCGUCUCAGUUCUUUGUGGAGAAACACUCCUGGGAGGGGCUCCGGGAUAUCAUCCACUGCAGCAGAAAGUACUCCGGCAUGAUCGCCAACAAAGCCCCCCAUGACUUCCAGUUCGUGCAGAAGAAGGACGAGAACGGACCUCAUUCCCACCGGUUGUAUUACCUCGGAAUGCCUUAUGGAAGCAGAGAGAACUCGCUACUCUACUCAGAAAUCCCCAAGAAGAUUCGGAAGGAGGCCCUCUUAGUGUUGUCAUGGAAACAGAUGCUGGAUCACUUCCAGGCGACGCCGCAUCAAGGAGCCUACUCUCGAGAGGAGGAGCUGCUGAGGGAGCGUAAGCGCUUGGGAGCGUUUGGAAUCACCUCUUACGAUUACCAUUCGCAGACCGGCCUGUUCCUCUUCCAGGCCAGCAACAGCCUCUUCUACUGUCAAGACGGAGGCAAUAAUGGCUUCAUCCAGUCUGCUCCUGUAAAGCCUGUGGAGAUCAAAACCCAGUGCUCAGGGACCCGCAUGGACCCAAAGAUCUGCCCCGGCGACCCCGACUUCAUAGCCUUCAUCAACAACAACGACCUGUGGAUAGCCAACAUCAAGACGGGGGAGGAGAGGAGGCUCACUUACUGCCACAAAGGUGUAGAUAAUGUCAAGGAAGACCCCAAGUCUGCAGGUGUAGCAACGUUUGUCAUCCAGGAGGAGUUUGACCGUUUCACAGGUUACUGGUGGAGUCCGUCAGCCGUCGAAGACCCCAGUGGAGGGAAAACGGUAUACCUUCUGUACGAAGAGGUGGACGAGACAGAGGUAGAAAUUAUUCAUGUUCCGUCUCCGGCUCUGGAGGAGAGGAAGGCAGAUGCAUACAGAUAUCCCCGGACAGGCAGCAAAAAUCCCCAGGCGACCCUCAAACUGGCCGAGAUUAAGACAGAUCACCAAGGAAGGAUCGUGAGCACACAAGAUAAAGAACUGGUCGUCCCGUUCAACUCCUUGUUUCCUGGGACGGAAUACAUCGCCAGAGUAGGAUGGACAAGUGACGGCAAAUACGGCUGGGCAGUGCUGCUGGACCGCAGCCAGAGGAAGCUGCAGCUUGUCCUGCUGCCUCCGGCGCUCUUCGUCCCCGUGAGCGACGACCCGGCGGCGCGGCAGGAGAGCCUGGCGGCCGUCCCCGUCAACACGCAGCCGUACAUCAUCUACGAGGAGACCACCGACGUCUGGAUCAAUGUUCACGAUAUAUUCUAUCCUUUCGUUCAAACGACAGAAGAGGAAUUUAGUUUCAUUUGGAUAAACGAGUCGAAAAGCGGUUUCAGCCAUCUGUAUAAAAUCACAUCGCUGUUACAACCGAGCAGCUGCCGCUGGACAGACGACUACCGUCACGUGGAGGGAGAUUUCAAAUGUGCAAUCAAGGAGGAGGUCACGCUGACCGCUGGAGAGUGGGAGGUGCUGGCCAGACACGGCUCCAAGAUCUGGGUGAACGAGGCCACCAGGCUGGUGUACUUCCAGGGCACCAGAGACACUCCGCUGGAGCACCACCUCUACGUGGUCAGCUAUGAGUCGCCCGGAGACGUGGUCAGGCUCACCAAGCCCGGCUUCUCUCACAGCUGCUCCGUCAGUCAGAACUUUGACUUCUUCGUCAGCCACUACAGUAACGUGAGCACGCCUCCCUGCGUUCACGUGUACAAGCUGAGCAGUUCGGAAGGCGACCCGCUGCACGUGGUGCCGGAGUUCUGGGCCAGCAUGAUGGAAUCGCCAGGUUGCCCGGGAGAUUACAAUCCACCCGAGAUCUUUGACUUUCCCGGGAAGUCGGGCUUCCAGCUGUACGGGAUGGUCUACAAGCCUCACAACCUGCAGCCCGGCAGGAAGCACCCCACCGUGCUCUUCGUGUACGGAGGCCCACAGGUGCAGCUGGUCAACAACUCCUUCAAAGGGAUGAAAUACCUGCGUCUGAACACGCUGGCGUCCCUCGGCUACGCCGUGGUGGUCAUCGACGGGAGGGGCUCCUGUCAGAGGGGCCUCGAGUUUGAGGGAGCGCUGAAGAAUAAAAUGGGCCAGGUGGAGAUCGAGGACCAGGUGGAGGGGCUGCAGUACGUGGCCGAGAAGUUUAACUUUGUGGACCUGAGCCGUGUCGCCAUCCACGGAUGGUCCUACGGCGGCUUCCUGUCGCUCAUGGGCCUCAUUCAGCGACCCAACAUCUUCAAGCUCGCCAUUGCCGGCGCCCCGGUCACCGUGUGGAUGGCCUACGACACCGGAUACACAGAGCGCUACAUGGACGUGCCUGAGAACAACCAGCAAGGCUACGAGGAGGGAUCUGUGGCCCUGCACGUGGACAAGCUGCCUAGCGAGCCCAAUCGUUUGCUUAUUCUUCAUGGAUUUCUGGAUGAGAAUGUGCACUUUUUCCACACCAAUUUCCUCGUGUCGCAGAUAAUCCGUGCCGGGAAGCCCUACCAGCUUCAGGUCUACCCCAACGAGCGGCACAGCAUCCGCUGCCCUGAGUCUGGAGAGCACUACGAGAUAAUGCUGCUGCACUUUCUACAACAAUACCUCUGAAACGAGACAGCAGGGGAGAAGACAAGUCCAGUUCCGCCUCUGUCCUCCUUCUAACCCCCCCCCCCCCCCCCCCCCCCCCCCCCCCCCAGCUGUCCGCUCAUCUGAACUCCCCUCCACUUCUCCAUCUCAGCCCGACUAAGUACCACCCGUUCACUCCCCCCCCCCAGCCGCCAAAAGACAAAAAAAGAGCGCCCCGCGUCCCCUCGGUUCUCCCCCCUCUUUGCAGUCUCUUGUCUUCUGUCUCGCACUCUCUCGCUCUGUCCCCCCCCCCCCCCCCCCCCCCCCCCCCCCCCCCCCUUUCCUCCAUGCCGUCUCCUCCCCCCCCCCUGUACAGUCUGGAGUUCGUUUACGAGCACAGAGGUUUGGUGUCUCACGCUGAAAGCUGAACAAAGUUAAGGACGUCUGCAGGCUGUGUCACGUUGGACUCUCGGCUCACCCACGUCCUCAUCUCCACACCCGCCACGGGCUUUUUUUUUUUUUUUUUUUUUGUUUCUUUUGCCAAAUGUUCUCCAAUCCACUUGUUCCCGAGUCCCCUCCCCCCCCACCUCACCUGUUUUAUCCACUUCAACCAGUGCAAGGAACAGGGAUAUGAAAACGAACCUACACACACACACACACACGCAGACAUGCGCGCUCACACACUCUACAAUACAGUUUAUUUCACACACACACACACACACACACACUCGGCAACAAUCUCCAAACAUACUGUGAGUCUUGCAGUUUGAUGAAGAAAGGAAGACACUCGAGGCUCUUCCUCUGUCCACUUCUUUUAAGUGUUUCCUUUAAAAUAAACUAUUUUUAUGGAUUCUUAUUCGUUUUUUUAACGGGUGCUCGCAGAAGUCACUCAGACCGUUUUUUGCACCGUUCUAUCCCGUCACAUCACAUCGCUCGAGACGUCUGCUUGCCUUCUUAACAUAUAAUUUAUAUUUGCCAAAGUACCUCUUGACUCUUGAUCAUGCUGGUAUUUCCUUUUUUUACUGCAAUAAAGACAACAAGGGUGAGCACUGGAGUCUUACAACAGCUUUGUACCACCGAAAUACAAUUUGUACAUGAUAAUGAAUAAAUGUAUGAAUCAAUCACA